AACUAUCCUAGUACUCUGAUGGUAUCUGAUAAUCGUGCUAUUUAUUAUGCUACUGACUAUUUUGGUAUUGCUGAAGAUCUGAAUCAACCGAUUGGGGUUGUUUUGUAAAGCGUUGCAUCUGGAGCCAACCUCCAAUGCUUGGUCUUAUCAUCUACAAUUGACUGAAAGAAGUCGUAACAAUGGAUUUAACAAGCUGUUCUAUUGCAGUUUGAGUUGAUCAGGAAUAUCGAAUUACACAGUUAUGAAUGUUUAAAACAAAGUUGGAACUAUAGGUGAUUUUUUAUCUGUUGGAAAUUUCUUUGCUUUUGGUGCACAAAAACCCCAACGUUAUAUGGUUUCUUGAUCAAAACAUAUAAAUUUACUCUCAGGUAUCUGGUUUUUUAUAGAAUGUGUUGUUAAUCAGGAGGAAUCACAACUGGCUUUAUAAUAUCAAAUAAUACAUAUAGCAAUCUAUACAUGGCUUCGCUACCAAAACAACUUCAGUCUAAAUUUAUAGAUAACGACGAUGGAUAUACUUUGGACAAGACAAAGAUAAUUAAUAAUGGCGACGAUAGUAUUAUGGAUAGUAUGAAUGAUGUGGGUAAUAUGAGUAAUAAAAUAAAUCCUACUACUACAGACUUGAAUGAUUUAAUAGGAAAUUCCAAUUUAAAUCAUGCUUCUGUUCCUAGAUAUUCAACUACCAAACCACUAAACUUUUAUUCUCAACAAUUUAUUGAUUCUCAAAGUUUAGAUCCUCAUUUUCAAACGAUUUAUAAUAAUUAUACUUAUUUUCCGGAUGGUAUUGAUAAUCAAUUGGAUAAUUAUAAUCGCAACAGUGCUCAGAGUUUUAAUGAUAAAUACAGUUUUAAUUAUUCUACUGCUCCCAAUAUUUCUGAUGCCAUUGCUUGUGAUAAUAGUAACAACUAUGUUAGUGGUGAUUAUUAUGAUAAUUAUGAUAAUACUGAUAUCUAUAACAAUGAUGGUCAUAUUAAUGGGCUUUACAAUUAUAAUGAUGCCUUAUAUAAAACAAGUGACGAACAAAUAAAGGAGGUGGUAAUGAGUAGCAUUCAAAUGGCAUAUGAUAAUGAUGCUGCUUUAACAUCUGAAUUUUCUCUGUAUCAAUAUUCAUAUUGUGGAAUAAAUAAUCCAAAUAAUCCUAUCUAUGUUGAUACUAACAACAAAGGAAUCUGCGGUGAUCAAAUAGAUCAACACUUAGAUAUUAAUAACCUAAACACUGGAAAUUACAUUGGCCUUUGUAAAAACAGCAAUAUAACCGGUGACGAAGCUCUCAAGAAUAAUUUUAAAUUUCAAUUUGACAUUAUUGAGGAUCAAAACGGAAAUAUAAGUUAUGGUGAUUUAUUGUCAUCAAGUCAAAUGGAGAAGAGUCCUUUUGAAUCUGAGCUAGAUAAUUUUGUUGAUACAUAUCCUUACUCAAAUAGUAAAGACUGGAUUGACAAUCCUAAUAAUGAUGGUUCUAUUUAUGCAGGUUACGAUGACGCUAAUGAUAGAUGUAAUUGCAAUGAAAUAAAACAUGGAAAUAAAUACGUAACAGACAUGCAAACAACAGAAUCAUUUCAAAAUAAGCAAAUCAAUGAAGAAGUUAACAACAGCAAAAAGGACGUCAGCUAUUCUGACUUUGCAUCGACAUGUUUGAAUUCAGAUAGAGACUUGGAAGAGGCUCUCAUGAGCAUGGGAAAUAGGCAGAUAUAUAGUUAGGGCUUUCAGCAUGAAGACCAAAAGAACAAUAUCAC